UAUAUAAAAAAUACAUCAAAAUGGACAGAUUUUAUACAUGUGAAGCUUGAAAUUUUGUUUCUAGUGUUAAAAAAAGAUAAGAAAAUUGGUAUAAAAGAAUAUAAGUGAUUCAUCUGUACAUGCAUUGUUUCAUCAUCAAAUUGAUAGUACUAUUACCAUAUCUAAAACCCACAUCACACACAGAUACACACACUGAGUGUGUGACAUAAAUGAAAUAUGCAAAAAGGGUUUUAGUUUUAGGUAGUUACCUGUGAGAUUUGAGAAUGAGGAAAAGCAAAGGAAUUGGAGAGAUAGUUGAAGUAGAAGGAGGUGGUCGAAUCGUUAGGUCGCUCAGAAGAAAAGAUCGCCAUAGCAAAGUCUGCACAUCAAAGGGUCCGAGGGAUCGGCGUGUUCGUUUAUCAGCUAACACGGCUAUCCAGUUCUAUGAUGUUCAAGACAGGCUUGGGUAUGAUCGACCCAGUAAAGCCAUUGAUUGGCUGAUGAAGGAAGCGAAACCUGUGAUUGAUGCGCUCGAGAAUGAUCAUCAUGCGCAUGAGUUGCUUACAUCUGUUGUCGAUACCUCUGAGGCAUUUCAUCGAACAGGUGGUGAGCGGAACCAGGAGAUCUCCACUCUCGCGAAAAUCAGUGGUUUUGAUGACUACCCAAUGGGGCUAAUCGAUUCAAGAAACAAAAACCAGGAAAAAUCGAUUGAAGAAGAAGAAGAAGUUAUAACCCCGAUGGAUUUCACGUGGAAUCCGAGCUACGAUUCGGGAGAUGGCUUUGCGUUUGUUGAUAGGGAACCCCUUCAGUCCAGUUAUCCUACACUCAUCCAUACAUUCAACAAUGCGUUUGUAGAUGAUGAAGAGUUUUUGGGAUUUAAUUUUCAGCAGGAAAAUCAUCUUCAAGAGGAGGAAAAUUGCAACCUUGUGUCCAAAACCCGUCGCUCCUCUGCCACUUCCUAUCAAAUUCUCUGAACAAGGAAUUUCAUUGGGGUUCUCCACGAAGCUAUGGUAACAGACGACAAUGGCGGCGGUAGAUGAUUUAAACAUAUUAACAAUGAUAAAAUAUGAAGAAGUGAAAAAGAAAGAAAGAGGAAAAAGGAGUGUUGCGUUUCAUUUAGAAACAAAUUCAAGUGAUAGUUUUCUUUCACUCUAAAUUAAAAGGGUUGUGAUACUUCCACAGAUCUUUUUAAUAUAUCCACGACAAAAAUGUAAAAAUGGUCUAUGUGGUUGACAAUUUUAUGUGCUUUUGGUCCAAAACGAAAUGUUGGUGCACCACUGGUCCAAAAUUGGAUAUUUCUAUUGUUUUUGGUCUCUAUCUACUUAAAAAGACCAUUAUGCCCUUAUAAUUUGUUUUUCCAUUUUUUAUUAUAUAUUUUUAGUCAAAAUAAAAAAAACCACCACCAUCCUCUCUCUCUCUCUCUCCCUCUCUCUCUCUCUCUAAAUCUUCAUCUGGGUUCUUUAACUUCGUCUUCUUAAACACACACACACACACAAAAUACACAAAGUUAUGAAGAUCCUUGUCCGAUGGAGAAAAAGAAAUACGAAUUGGAAUAGUCCCAAGGUCAAUCGAUGGUCCAGCGGCCAAAUUCGCGAGUAGGGGCGAGCAACACAAGAGGCCGUCGCCUCUUAUCUUUCAUCGGGAAGAGAAAUCGCCGCCUCUUGGUGUUUUACUCAUCCGGAGCGGAGGAUGAAGCGAGGGCAACAAUGGCCGCUUGAGCAGAUCUUGUGCUCUUAUGUCUCGGAAGAAGGAUGCGAAGGAAGGGGGAUCAGUAUGGCUAGGGUUUUCGAAGGGAAGUAGGUCAUAAAAGAGUUCAGACGAGAAGCACGACGUCGCAGGUGGUUCGGUGGUGUUUUCUUUGAUGGGAGAAGAAGAGAUGUGCGAGAGGUGAGGUUGCUGUCUCGAUGGCUCACUGAAGCACCACUACAGCCAAUGGUUCAUAACAGAGGACGAAGAAACAUGUCGUGACCAAGAGACCCAAUGAUGGGUCACGAUUUUUGUUGAAUCUCAAACCUGUAAAUCACGACUGGUAACGAAUCUGGUUGAUUGUGGGUGGGUUCUUAUGUUCAAUGUAUAGUUUAGGGAUGAAUGAACUUUUUUUUGCCACAUAUUCCCGUUCGAUCUAUCUGAUGAAGAUGAAGGGAAGCAGGCGGUAGAGAGAGAUGUGGGUUUAUUUUGUUUUUGUUUUUCAUUUUAUUAUAAGAAUAAGAAAAUAAAUAAAAGAAAUUAAAAUAUAAUUAUUUAAGGGCCAUAUUAGUCAUUUUAAGUGGGAUCUGGACCAAAAACACAAGAAAAUACAACCAUAGGGACAAAAACCACACAAGUUAUCUAAAUUGGACCAAUGGUGCACCAACAUUUCAUUUUGGUCCAAAACUACAGAAUUUUGCCAACCACAGGGACCAUUUUUGCAAUUUUGUCUAUAUCCACUGAUUUUUAAAGAAAUUGACAUUUAUACCCUUCAUAUUUAUAUUUAGAGUUUAUUCAAAGGCAUUGGCAGAGUUUUAGUAAACACUUAUAGCAAAUGACAAACAUGUAUACACCGUUUCUUCUUUGGGCACUGUAGUUCUCGGCCGGAAAAUGGUAAGUGUCUUCUAUUAUAUUUUGACAACAAUCUUCAUCCCGCUACUCCUUGGAUUUAACCGAGCUUUUAUGAGGGACCAAAUACCUAGACCGAAGUGGGUGUAAUAGUUGAUACUAGAAUAGCCUAUGGUGGUGCCUGCAAACACAAACAGAGGGUAGUGAAUGGCGAUUGUUGCGUAACCUCUUCUUCUUUAAACCCCAUGGCUUAAUUGUUCUGUAAAUACCUUCAUCGUUAUUAACUCUAGUGCACCUCUAGUUCAUGUAUUUCAUUAUCGAGAAUUAUGACUGAUAAUAGGUUAUUCGAUGAAAAACCUCAAACCAACACCACCGCAACAAAGCCAAUCUUUUUGGUAAUCAGUUCUGAAGAAAUCUCGGACAACACCACCACAACAAAACCAAAAAUAAAUAGAGGUUCUCCUUGGUUGCUGAAAAAAUCUACGGCGAACGGGUUCUCCUUGGUUAGUUUACGGGUGUCACUGAUGAUCUGCAACAUCGUUCUUUUCGGUUUGGAAGAUGUUCGACCUCACCCUUGACGUCUUCAAAACCUCCUUUGCGAGCCUUCAUCUUCAUCCCUUGAAAGACCACAAGCAAGGUGUAUAUUUUAUGACCCAGUUGAGAUUUUAGGUUAUAGAGACUGGAGAGGUGGUUUUUUGCUUCCAUUUUUGCAACAAUAGGGUUCAUAAUCGCCAUAGAAGAGGGUGGCAUAGGAACAGGGGCUGCUGGCAACAGAAUCUAAUGCACAAGGCCGUGGAGAAUAGAGAAACAUUUGGAUGAAGACUGGAAAGCGAAGUUCAAACAACAAAUGGGCAGAGGGAGAUUGAGAUUGAGAGAGGGAGAAGCAGUUGAAUAAUUGAUUACACUCUAAAUAUAAAUGAGGGGCACAAUUGUCAUUUUGUUUUAAAACUCAGUGGAUGCAUAAAAAACUACUGUGGCAAUAUCACUUCCCAAGUUAAAAUGAAGGCAUUAUUGUCAAUAUCUUAAAUUUUCUGUGGAUAAAUAAAAAUCCUCAGUGAAGAAAUCAACUCUGAUA